GCCAGGGCUGGGUGCCGCGUGCAGGGCCCGGCCCGGCCCGGCCCGGCCCAGCCUGGGGGCAGCUGCAGCGCUGGUGAGCGGGAAGGCCAGGGGCUCCCACGUGCCCCCACCGCCUGCCUCGCACAGCCACGCCGCCUCUCCGCCGGUGACUCACACACAGCUCAGCGCCGGGGCUGAGCAGACCCAGCCUCUCGCCAGCCAGUGGAGCCUCUGCCGCCUGCCAAACGCCAGCAGCUGGGCAGCCGGCGCUGCAACAGGUAAACAGCCGCCACGCCAGCCUCUGCCCCCUUCCACGCCAGCUGGGGAGUGGGCAGGCAGGUCCAGCCCUAGAGCUGUCUGGCCCUCGCACCUGUCUGCACACACCGGCUGCAGGGGGGGAAGCGCUGGACGCCUUUGGGAGAGGCUCCCACCCCGCACCGCUGGUUGCCUGGGGCAUCGUCCUGCAGACGGGUCCGGCGAGGGACAGGAUGUGCUAGGACCAGCCCUGCCCAGCCGGAGGCCCGAUGCUGGCCUGUGCCCAGCCGUGCAGCUGCAGCCGGGGCCCCAGCGUGGAGCGCGGUAAGUGGUACGGCGUCCGCUCCUACCUGCACCUCUUCUACGAGGACUGCACCGGUGCCAGCCCUGACAACGAUGCGGACGUGCUGCCAGCCUCCCGCGCCCGCCCUGCUUGGCCCUCCAUCGUCUGGAAGGUGAGUCUCUCUGCGGGGGCCCUGCUCUUGCUCCUGGGGGUUGCGGCGCUGGCCACCGGCUACCUCGUGCCCCCGAAGCUGGAGGGCAUCGGGGAGGAGGAGUUCCUGGUGCUGGACCUGCAGGCGAUGGAGUACAACCAGGUCCUGGGCACCUGCAGGCUGGCCGGCAUCAUGCUCUGCACCACGGCCGGGGUCCUCGCAGCCGCAGGCCUCCUGGCUUGCGUGCUGGGCCGGGUGCUGCAAGGCGGCUGGCGCCGGGAGGAGGAGGAGGAGGAGCAGCAGCUGUCGCCCAUCCUGCGGGACAGCCCCCCAAAGCAGCCCGUCGCUCUCCUGGCCUCCCCGGCCUCACCCUUUGGAGCCUCCUGGGUGCACGGCAUCCAGCCCAGGCGGGAGACAUGACCCCAAGAGCUCAGCAUCCCACGGGCCACCAGACUGGAGCAACCUGUGCCCGGGGGCUGCAAGGACAGGGGGGCCGGGAGGGGAGCUGGCCUUGACCCCCUGAUGUGGAGAGACGUGAGAGCUCCUGCAGGCGCGGUCCAGCCAGGAGAGAGGUGGAUCCGAAUCAGAGGGUCCCAGUGCCCUGCCCCAGGUGCUCAGCCGGCCGUGCCCGCCUUCCCUGCUCCCCCCACAUGGACCAGCAGCCUCCUGCCUCAAUAAAGUUCCUGAGAAACUG